AUCAAAUGAGUUGUCAGACUGUUGAUCAGUCUGAGCCCGUAUACCCCAUCAAUUAACAAUUCCAGUGAUAAUGUGACAAAUCAUUCUCUCUUAUCUCAAAGUUUUUAUUUUUUUUUUAUCACCGAUAGACGUAGACACGUCAAGACAUAAUAAUCGUAUUGUUGAAACUACUCUAGACAUAACCUUCACGUUAAAUAAAAUGUAUUAUUUUCUAAACUGCAAUUGAAGAUUUCAGCGACUUUGGAUUUUUUAAAUCAUGACAAGAAAUUUUUAGACAAACGAAUAAAUAAAACGCCUUGAAGGAAUAAAGUCGUCAUAAUGCCGAUAACUGGAGCACCUGAGGAAACAAAUGUAACGAACGUAACAAUCAGCAGAGAAGUCAGUGAAGACCACGGCCUCUCCCACGAUUCCGAAUACGAUGAUGAUCUAGGUGUUCCAGACUCCCUCGACAUCACAAUAAUGGAAAAUGGAGAAUCGAUCAAUAUUCCAGACAUAACCGACGAUCAUCCCACCAAGAAUCACCGAAAAGUCAUUUCAUUCUCCUCGAUUCAUGCCCCAGCAGUUAAAUUAAAAAAUCAAAACAGAAAUAUUUUUAUACUCGGUGAGAAUAUUUUAGUGAGCAUCGUUGAGAAUGAGAGGAGCGUUACGACACAUCCCAUCAAUCCAAAUUUAUACACAAUUGAGUUUAAACACGGUCCAUUUAUUUGGACAGUUAAAAAGAGGUACAAACACAUUCAGCAUUUGCAUAACCAGUUGAAACUGUACAGAGCUAGUCUGAAUAUUCCAUUUCCUACGAAAAGCCAUCGAGAGAGAAGGAAUAGUCUGAAGAAUUUGGAGGAGAAUAAGAAGAGAAGAUCCAGAGGAGCUUUGCCAAGAUUUCCCAACAGACCUGAUGGACUUCUUCCAUCCGAACUUGUUAGUCAUCGAAUGAAAGAAUUAGAGGAUUAUUUAACAAAUUUAUUAAAAAUUGAGAUUUAUAAACGUCACGCAGAAACACUUAAUUUUAUGGAACUGUCGUAUCUGUCUUUCAUCGAAGACCUGGGGGACAAGGGAAAAGAAGGAAUAAUCCUGAAACGAACUGGUUCAAGUGCGAAAGCAGGAUGCAACUUCUUUGGUCUUGUGGAGGGCAUGUGCUGCCUGAGACCUUAUUAUUUCUGCACAUCAUUAUGCAGCACGUGGCACCGAAGACAUCUCCUCGUCAAGGACACAUUUGUUGCCUACAUAACGCCAAAGGAUGGGAAGAUCAAGUCGGUGAUACUGAUGGACAAUGGAUUCGAAGUGAGCUCGGGUAUGUAUGCUACUGGACUGAGGAAUGGACUGCAAAUUAUGAAUUCUAGCAGGCAUGUUGUCAUUAAGUGCUGGACACGUAGAAAGGCCAGGGAGUGGCUGGAAUUCAUACAGAGGAUAGCCAACGAUCAAGGAAGACCCUUCAUCCAACCCAACCCCCACCAGUCCUUCGUCCCCUUUCGACCCAACACCCCCUCGAGCUUCUUCGUCGAUGGCUCUUCCUACAUGUCAGCAAUUGCUGACGCCCUAGAAUCCGCCAAAGAAGAGAUAUUCAUAGCAGACUGGUGGCUGUCCCCCGAGAUCUAUAUGAAACGCCCAAUAAUCGACGGUGACUACUGGCGCCUGGAUAAGAUCCUCCAGAGGAAGGCCCUGGAGGGUGUCAAGGUCUUCGUGAUGAUCUACAAAGAAGUUGAACUAGCCCUCGGUAUAAACAGUUACUACAGCAAGCAGAAGCUCGUGGAAAAAUGCCCAGAGAACAUAAAAGUCCUGCGACACCCAGAUCACGCUCGCGUAGGUGUGUUUCUCUGGGCGCACCACGAGAAAAUCGUAGUGGUGGAUCAGACGGUGGCAUUUCUGGGGGGCCUGGAUCUGUGCUACGGCCGUUGGGACACCAACGAGCACAGACUGACGGAUCUGGGAUCAGUCCACCAGUCCAGCAUCUAUAUUCCGACGAGGGGAAAAAUCACGAGUACUAGUAGUAAACGAACUGUUGAAACUUGUGCUGACAAUCACGUCCUUCUUCCUCUAGCUAUUGCCACCAACACAGUGGCGAUGGCCACCACAAAAUGCCUUCCACUUCUCCCUAUCUCUAAACGUCAAUCCCUCUCUCCAACUCCCAGAAAUAAAUUCGAUCCCACUCUCCUGUCACCUCCACAAGAGAUGGAGCAUCGAAAAUGCAAUACACCAGAUCUCCAGAAGAAAAAUCUCUUCGACAUGGCGAAGAAUACCGUCGACAGAGUCAAGCAAAACGUCAAAAUGAAACGACGAGAAUUCAUAAAUAUGGUUUACAACCCACAGGAAUUAUGCAGCAGUGAUGACGAGGAUGAAGUUGAUAAUGUGAGAAUGCAGGAGCCUGUGGACGUCGAGGGAGUCCUGAGGAACAACGAGGACAUCGUCAAGGGCCUUCCUGGAGCAGCCAAGCUCUGGUUGGGAAAGGAUUACACAAACUUCAUCGUUAAAGAUUUCUACGACCUAGAAAGACCCUACCAGGACCUAGUGGACAGAAGCACAACCCCUAGAAUGCCCUGGCACGAUGUCGGGGUGAUGGUUCAGGGGGCCAGCGCUAGGGAUGUCGCGAGACACUUCAUACAACGAUGGAAUGCUAUAAAAAUGGAAAAAUCCAAAUUAAAUGGUGCUUAUCCAUUCUUGCUCCCGAAAUCCUACAGGAAUUUCGGGUAUCCACAGCUAUUUGGAGAUGGAAGUUUGGAAAGUGUGAGGUGCCAGGUGUUGAGGUCCGUGAGCUCGUGGUCUGCUGGAUUCCUGGAAGCCGACACCCUGGAGCAGAGCAUUCACGAGGCUUAUAUAGAGGCUAUCGCCAGGGCUGAGAGAUAUAUUUAUAUCGAGAAUCAGUUCUUUAUCACGUUGGCUACUAUGGACAGACAUACUGUGAAGAAUAGAAUUGGGGAGACCCUGUUGAAGAGGAUUUUGAGAGCACACAGGGAGGGGACCGUGUUCAGGGUGUUCGUGGUUAUGCCACUGCUGCCAGGGUUCGAGGGGGAGGUGGGAGGACCCUCGGGGACGGCUCUCCAUGCAAUAACCCACUGGAAUUAUUCAUCCAUAUCCAGAGGCAAGGAUGCCAUUCUUAAUAAAUUGAUCGAGGCUGGUAUACCGGAUCCCAGUGAAUACAUCAGUUUUCACGGCCUUAGAACUCACUCUAUGCUCAAUGGAACCAUGGUUACUGAACUUAUUUAUGUUCACAGCAAACUCAUGAUUGUCGAUGACAAAACUGUCAUCUGUGGCUCGGCGAACAUAAAUGACAGAAGCAUGAUUGCCAGUAGAGACAGUGAGAUCGCGGUUAUAAUUCAUGAUGAGGAAUUUACUGAGGGCAGGAUGAAUCAAUGUUCGUAUCCCUGUGGGAGAUUCGCGGGGAGCCUGAGGAAACAGCUGUUUAAGGAGCACCUGGGGAUCAUGUGGGCCAAGGAAAGGGCCUCAGUGGAUGAUCCCAUCAGGCACUCCUUCUGGUCUGGCCUCUGGAAGGCCAGGAGUCUCAACAAUACUGAGAUCUAUGAGGAAGUGUUUCAUUGUAUUCCUUCUGAUCAGGCUACCAAUUUUUCGACACUCAGGGCUUAUCAGAAUGAACCUGGACUUUGUCAGGCUGAUCCUGCUGCUGCCAGGGAAAUGCUUAUGGGGGUCAAGGGGCAUUUAGUCGAUCUACCUCUUAGAUUUUUGGCCGAGGAGACACUUACACCGGCUGCGGGAACGGUCGAGGGCAUGAUGCCAACGUCUUUGUGGACUUAAUUUUUUUUUUUUUGGGAGUCAGGGGACGCCUUCAGAAAUUUUGUGUUUCGCAUUUAUUAGAGAGGUGAAGAUAUUAUUGACCAAAAGAGAAUUUUUAAGCGAUUUUUAAGCGAAUGCAUUUUGAAGAUUUUUUUACGUCUUUUUCCGAUUCUGAUGUCUUGCCAAUGGCGAUGCAUUUAACAGUAUUUCCAUAAUAACAAUUUUAUUAAUUUAUCGAAGUGAGAUUCGAGUGACAACUUCUAUUGAGACCUUCAGAGACCAGCACUCCUAAUUACUCGUCUCUCGUGAUGAAUUUAAACAUAAUUAUGAUAUUUAGAGAGGAUUUUAAAUUGUUACCGCGCCAUUGCAUUUUUUUUAAUGACCUGACAUUAAUUGUAAACGCUCAAAACCCAUUGUCUUAAGAUAUUUGUACAA